AAGCAGGCGCGAGAUUGGUUUGUUGUAUUGAGAACUUCUCCGAUUGACCUUCUGAACUGAUAUCUCUUUUCAGUCAAGAACGUUCAAUAGUUUAGGAAAAUAUUAUACUUUCGCGCAAGCCAUUUCAUCAAUUACUGAUUACAAUAGAUCUCGACUAAGUUUUCUGACUCAAUUUCAUUAUUCAAAAUCAUCCAAGAUCACAUAAACUACAGUCGUUUCCUCUUUCUAUACCGAUCAGGAAACGAUUAGUGUUUCUCAUUGUCGCAUAGAAAGUGCAUAAAUUGAAUUGAUCUCCAAAAAAAUUAAAUAUUGCUGUUUUAUCUUAUAAAUAAACAAUCGAAAAGGUUGUAGUGCGAUGGCGCAUGAGGACUACGACGUGGGCGAUGGGGGGCAAAUGGGACAGGAGGAGUCUGGGGUGUUGUGCAGGGCAGUGCGCUACUCGGAGUCGUUCGUGUUCCCUGUGAUGGUGUGCAGUCAACUCAUCUGCUUCAUCCUCAGUGCACUCUCCACAUACUCACUCCUGAGAAAACACAGAAAAAGUCCCAACUCGACUGUUCUGUUUGGUCUGCUGUUGGCCAGUGCCGCCACUCUGAUCGUGGCUGUGGAAGUGUCUCUCUCUGGAUACUUAUUGGUGUAUGUCGAUUUUGGGAUGAAAAACAGAUGGGUGGCUCUACUCCUAGUUAUAGGUGUGUGUCAGCUGUGUGAGAUGGAGACCAUUUGUGUGUUCCUUGUGCUGGCCGUGCAGAGAUUCAUUUCGUGGAAGCGACCCAUCCUGUUCAUGAACCAGAGCCGGAAGUCCAUAGUGGCCCAGUUCCUCGGAACCCUCCUGAUGUGUCACGUGCUCCUCCUAGUGCCCAUAGUGCCCAUACUCAUGCACGUGCCAGAACAGCAAUGGCACGAUAUUUACAUGAAGACGGAGACCAUAACCCAAGUGAUCAGUGUGUUGCUCAGUGCAGCCAGCAUUGGUCUUCAACUGUAUGUGAGUUGUCACCGCAGGUGGCAGGGGGAGGCCAUGUCUGACAUCCUCGCCUCCCAGCCCUCUCCUCAGAUCCACUUCUCGACCCCCUCUCCCCACACCCCACACUCAGGUGCCUCACCCCCUGAGAAGACGUUGAUCGUGACUAUGGAUGAGCACAUUGAGAAUAGCUUCGACCAACACAUCAGAGACAGUGGGGCGAAUGGGCAAUCGGCUGUCGGUGGGGGCUCUGUAGACAGGCAGGUGGGGGCGGAGGAGGGCGUGUUAAGGCAGAGUGCCAUCCCGAGACUCAUGCGAAUAAUCACAGUCAUGACAUGCAUCCUCUGCUCACUCAUGUGUCUCGACAUAUUCCUGUGGGCGGACUUGUAUUACCGAGAGGACUUCAGCUGCUGGCAUUAUCUCCUCUCCCAGAUCUCAUUCCUGGGAUUUUUCUUCAAGUUCUGGAUGUUGCCGGCAGCACUCCUCUUCGGCUGCCGCAGUCUCCGCCAGGAAAUCGACCUCUGUGCCUGCAUUCCAUCAAUCUUUAUCUUCUUCAAGUCUCCCUUCAUCAGUCAACGCAGCCACGUUACACUUACCAGUGACAACAAACAAUCCAUGUGAAAACUAAAAGAAACCAGUUUAUUCAGAAAAAUAAAUAUUUAGAUCAAAUGAUUAGAGCAGAAUCAUGUACUGUAAGUUAAAAAGUCAUCAUAACAGAGUGUACGGUAAA